GUGAAAUUAUUUUUUUGGCAACUUUUUUCUGUAUUGUGGAUAUUUUGUGGUACUCGUGAAAUAUAGCCUUUGGUGCUCACUCCGUGAAAUAUAUUUUUGAUCUUACACUGAAACAAGCAAUCAUACUCUAUAUUACAUUUUAGUCAAAGAAUGUACGUCGCACACAAAGUUAAAAUUAAAUGUACUCUGGUCACAAAUAUGCCAUCAUAUAAACAUAAUGCAAACAGUUAAACGUAUUUGUUCCAUUUAUAGACGUUUUGACGUAUAAACCGUUAUCUUUGGUUACGUCAUUUCCCUUACUGGACAAUUGACGUUACGUACAACGUCAAAUUACGUAUGAAACGUUAUUACUAAGAAACGUGUAGAUGCUUUCAACAAGUGAUUGACGACAUUUACAAAAGUAGCAUCAAUAAAUAAAAAAUGCAUAAGAGGCUGAAAAUCGAUACACCAUCUUCGGGUGAACGUGAGACGUUAUUGUAUGAUAACGUUGAACCUGGUACACGUUAUCUUGCAAGGCCAGAAGAUUUCUUGCCAGAAUCAAGAUGUACGUUGGAAACACUAAGAACUGUUGCUACUAAACUUUCUACUUGGGUGGAAAAUAAAGAAGCGAAAGAAAACUUUCACAAACAGAGUAUAGUCAAUCAUCAGGAACCUUCACGAAUAGGUCCUAUCUUGUUGAAACCAGAAGAUUUCAAGUCGAAGAAAUGGUCGACGUUUGUGCUUCUAACAGAGACUGUCAAUAUGUCUGUUUUCGGCGUUAAACAACAGACCCACGUGGACUUGAGCAGCGACGUUCGUUGGAACAUUCCGCCAGAGGAACUGCUUCCUCCAUCGGCAUUUUCUGCGCCAGAAAUUCCACCGCAGUCAUCACGAUCUUCAACAUCGAGCCAUGCAUUUCAAAGAUUCUCACGUACGACCCUAGCUGCACCCCAGCAGUACACAAAUGAGACUUUCACACAGAAAUGUUUCGUCUUAAAAUCAACAGAUGGGUUCGAGAAUCGACCUUCAACUUCAACUCCAGUCUCAACAAGGCGACCGCAAACCUAUGCUAGUAAUAGUGUACCUAGCGACUUGAAAUCAACCGCUGGGUUCGAGAAUCGGUCUAAAACUUCAACUCUAUUCUCAACAAAACGACCGCAAACUAAUACUAGUAAAAGUGCAUUUAAAAAAUCAGCUUGCGUGUCAAAAUCGACAAGAAGGAAAGAAAAGCGCGUUUUGAAUCCUUCAGCCUUUGGUGAGCAAAGGGAAAACCCAAAGGCUUUGGGGGUUCCGUACUAUCUGAAAACACCAGAGCCAAGCUCACUUCCACUACCCUGCUUUAGCUAAUUUCGGCGAUGUGUAUAUAUUGCUAUUCAGAAUGGUAUUGCAUAAUAUGCAUAAUAGCAAAUACG